UUUUUGUUAUAACAUCGCUUUUCGCAGAGUCAUUUCGCAGCCAAUUUAAGAACAAUAUAUUCUAAAAAAUGUAAUGGAAAAUAAAAACUUAGGUUGAACUCACUGUAAAUAAUAUGGGUUUGCAUAACAGGUCCCUACAGGUUCCUCACAUUGUGGGCGAUGAUGACGAUGUUCUAGAAGAUUCGGAAAGUGAACAAGACGAUAAAGAAAAUUCAAAUGAGAAUGAAAUGGCUAUGGAUGGUUCAUGUUGGGUAUUGAAGGCCAACCACAUGAAACCCACACCUCCAAUUUCAGAGAUGAAGAAGUCACCAGUAAUUCCAAAGGAUAUCUCCACCGUUCCUACAAAAGCUUUCCUUACACCGCAACGCCCGCAGCCCUACUCCUUGGCCAUUCCCCACCGUCUCGUCAAUUCUCUGGCGGAUUUUUCUGCUCCGGAAUCAAUUGGAGCACGUGUAUCCAGACGAAGCAGAAGCAACAUUGGGUUCAUCAAUGACGGUAUUACUACUCAAAUCGCUCCACCUGUCCAGCUGGCCAAGCCGAUGGAUAUCACCGGCUACUUCCACGAGCUGUCCGUUAAUCUCGUCCAGCAACGCGUCUGCCUGAAGCCCUUCUUGGAGCUGCGCAAGCGCAUCGAUCGGUUGGCGGCCCAAUCUUUGCAGGAAUCCAAGCGGAUGCAGAAGUAGUAAAUCAUCCGAGUCAAGAAGAAUAUUAUAAAGAAAUUAUAAAUGUAUAAACGAUACUUAUUUUUAAUAUAAUCUUUCAUACUUACAUUACUUUGUGCGCCAAUGGAA